GUCCCCUUUAGCCGUUCGUUCAGUGUAUUACAUAGCCUCCUGGAAUUGAAGGAUGAAAGAGGGAAGGAGCUAAUCCCGAUUGUCAAACGAGACUUGGCUAGCGUGCCACGCUCUCUUCGUAUGUAUGAACAGUGUAGUAGUGUUUGUAGUGUUUUCGUGGUUCGGCGUUGUUGGACGCUCAAGUGCGGUCGAAGUACGAGAAAAGGAAUCUGGCGCGAAACGAUCGAGUCAGUGUCCAAGAAUCACCUCCAAAGAGAAAAGAGCCAUUUCCAAGAUUGAGUGCCAUAAGUCCAUCCACAAGAGAGUAGUUCAUCGAGAAGAGAGCUUACACCCCAUCAACAUGUUUCCAACCGCCAGUUUGAUAUUGAUCCUGACCUUGGUCCAUCUCCUGGACGCCGCCACACCUGGAGCAGAGUUCUCGUAUUCCGGAGAAAAUGGUCCGGACCAUUGGCCGGGAGUGUGCAAUAGUGGCCAGUAUCAGUCGCCGAUUGAUAUCCCAAAACACGGCCAUGAGAAGGCUCACAUGGAGCCGUUCGUCUUUGAGAAUUAUGACUACACUGCCAAGGGAGUGCGGCUGGAGAAUAAACCCAACACGGUCAAGCUCGAGUUCCUCGCCAACGAGCACGAAGUGGAGUCCACGGGUCAGGUCCACGAUCUGGACCAUUCCAUGCAUGUUUCCCAAGGCGGAUUGGACCACAAGUUCCAAUUGGCCCAGAUCCAUUUCCAUUGGGGAAACACUGACAACGAGGGAUCUGAACAUUUGUUAAAUCAGGUAGCCUAUCCCAUGGAAAUGCACGUGGUUCAUUUCAAUACCAAGUACGGUGGUCAUCUUUUGGACGCUUUGGCCGAGGGUCGAGGAGCCAAUGACACAUUGGCAGUCCUGGGUUUCUUCUUCAAGUUGACCAACAAAGACAACGAGAAGUUGAAACCAAUCGUUGAUGGUUUGCAAUUCAUCCACGAGUUCUCAAGUGAGACUGAACUGAAAGUGUUCCCGGUGAGUGACAUCCUGAGCGAGGAUCUGAGCCGCUUUUAUCGCUACACCGGAUCUCUCACCACUCCCGGUUGCAAUGAGGUGGUCAUUUGGACCAUCUUUGAGGAGCCGAUUGAGAUCUCUGAGCGUCAGUUGCGACAGUUCCGAGAUGUUUCCCAAUUGCACCAGAGGAUGCAGAAUAAUUUCAGACCUGUGCGACCGCUUCACAAGCGAACAGUCUUAUAUGUGGAUACCUCGGCCUCAUCUAUGGCGUCGAUGUCCUUUCCUUUGACUUUGAUCUCGGUUGCUUUGGCUUUAUUGAUUGCAAAGAAGUAGGAAACAAAUUGGGUAAUGUCUGCAAUGAAGAAUGCUAUAGAUAUAUCCUCCCUUUUUGUGUUCGUUGUCAGAGAUACUGUGAGAAUGUGUACCAUGUUUAGCUACUAAGCUCCUAGGAAGAAAAUAUAGACCUAAAUGUUUUGCAA